CUUUCUCCUGUAGCACUCUUUCCUUUCCUUACCCCAGUAUGUGAAGCAUUGAAUAUCAGUAGGUACCCCAGAGAUGUUACAGAUUUUUUGAAAACCUUUGUUGAAAAGAUUAAAGAAGAACGUCUCAAAGAUAACAAAAAGCACCGAGUGGACUUUCUGCAACUCAUGAUUAACUCCCAGAAUUCCAAGGAAGUUGAUUCCUACAAAGCUCUGACUGAUACAGAAUUGGUAGCUCAGUCAAUUACCUUUCUUUUUGCUGGCUAUGAGUCCACUAGCAAUACUCUUUCUUUCACCAUGUAUUUAUUGGCCACUCACCCUGAUAUUCAGCAGAAACUGCAGCAGGAGGUUGAUGCAGCUUUUCCCAAUAAGACACUUGUCACAUCUGAUGCUGUCAUGCAGAUGGAAUAUCUGGACAUGGUGGUGAAUGAAUCAUUCAGAUUAUACCCAGUUGGAAGCAGAUUUGAGAGGAUAUGCAAGAAAGACAUUGAAAUAAAUGGGAUAUUCAUUCCCAAAGGGACAAUUGUGGCAAUUCCGAUGUAUGUCCUCCACCGGAAUCCGAAGUACUGGACAGAGCCUUGUGAAUUCCGCCCUGAAAGGUUCAAUAAGAAAAACAAGGACAAAAUCAAUCCUUACGCAUACCUUCCCUUUGGAGCUGGUCCUCGAAGUUGCAUUGGCAUGAGGUUUGCUCUCAUAAAUGUAAAACUUGCUCUCGUCAGAUUAAUACAGAACUUCUCCUUCAAGCCUUGUGAGGAAACUCAGAUGCCCCUUAAAUUAACCACACAAGGAAUCCUCAAGCCUGAGAAGCCCAUUAUUCUAAAGAUUGUGUCAAGAAAUUGA